AUGCCGCUUACGUUGUCGAAGUCGAUGUUGGUGAUUCAGCGACCAAUAAUGCCAGCAGAGCAAUUAGUCACCAGGUAUGAAAACUGUAUAUGUCUGGCUGAUGGAUCAAAUGGCGUUAUUGAGCUGACAAACUAUCGUCUCUCUUUUGUUGCCAAUGGAGGAGCACGGUUAAGCUUCUACUCUGUACCCCUGACCACCAUCCAAUCAGUAGAAUUGAAGCGCCCGUUUGGAACUGAACAAAUAGUCCAACAGGCGGGACUUUUCCUUCUUUGCAAGGAUAUGCGGCAAAUUCGCUUUGUUUUGCCAGAUGUCAGGGCACGCGAUGAAUUGGGCAAAUAUAUCUGCGAUAUUAUUCAUCCCACCCAUCGCACGCGGCCACUCUUUGCCUAUUUAUUUGGUGAAGCUUGCAUCGCCGAAAGCCUUUACCUCAAAGCAGGAUGGAACGUCUACAACCCGGAAGACGAAUACCAUAGACAAAAUGUGAACGAGGGCUACAAGCUGUGCCGCACCUACCCGGAGGUGCUGGUGGUGCCGGCGAAGGUAACAGAUGAUUUGCUGAUCCGCUGUGCUCCGCACCGGGCCCGUGGCCGCCUCCCCGUGCUCUCUUGGCUGCACCCUGAGAGCCGCGCCAGUCUCACUCGCGCCGCCCAGCCCCUGGCUGGUGUCCAGGGUCGUCGUAACGAGGCUGAUGAGGAGCUCGUCCGCUGCAUCCGCGAAGCCAAUGCCAACACUGUCAACCUCCUUGUCUUUGACGCGCGGCAUCAGUUCACAGCUGUGGUCAAUCGUGGGCGUGGUGGAGGCAUGGAGAACCCAGCCUUCUACACCAACAUCCAGUACUCCUUCAUGAAUAUUCCCAACCUCCAUGCAAUGCGUGCCUCUUUCGCGAAGCUUAUGACCGCUAUCAAUUCUGUAACCCUGACUCAGCAGGAUAACGUGUGCUGGCUCAAAACCAUUCACAACACUAAGUGGCUCCACAACACGCAGCAGAUUCUCUCCGCUGCUGCCGCUGCUGCUGACCAAAUCGAAAAUCACAAGUCCUCCAUCCUGGUUCAUUGUUCGGAUGGGUGGGACCGAACUCCACAAGUAACCAGUCUUGCAAUGUUGAUGCUAGAUCCCUACUAUCGUACUCUGCGUGGUUUCCAGACUCUCGUGGAGAAGGAGUGGAUUUCCUUCGGUCAUAAGUUCUGUCAGCGCACCGGUGGCCCCGCAGACGGCGGUAACCUUAUCUUCCCUCACACCUCUCCUGCCCUCAUAGCCGGAUCUACCUCAAUCAAAGUGGGGACCUCCAAUCCCGAGGAGCGUUCGCCCAUCUUCCUUCAGUUUAUUGAUUGUGUCUGGCAAAUGAUGAUCCAGUUUCCCGCCUCAUUCGAAUUUAACGAACCCUUCCUUGUCACCAUCCUGGACGAGCUGUACGCCAGCAGGUUCGGCACUUUCCUUUUCGACUCGGAGUGUGAAGCGCGCAAUAACUUCGCCCGCACAAAAACUGUUUCUCUAUGGGGCUACAUAAACUCCAGCAUUAAGGCCUACUUAAAUCCCACUUACACACCAGCAGAGGUGUCGGGUCAUCGCCUGAUCAUCCCCUGUUCGAUGUCAUACCAGCUGGAGUUGUGGAAAGGAUAUUACCUGCGCUGGCAGCCAUUCAUGCGGUGCCAGGAGCCGGUGCUGUCGCGUAGCUCUAAGGUGCUCGACCGCAUGCAGAAGUUCAGGGCGCUGUCGCGGCGCAGUAAACGUGGCGGCACCCAGAAGGCGAAUGUCUCGCCCGUAGCGGGCUCAAUCACUUCGCUGCCACUGGCAGAGAUGAGCACACUCGACGCUUCAGUCACUCUGCCUGCCGCCCAAUCGGCCGUUUCACCCCGCCGCAUCUUCCCUCGUUUCCCCAUCUCAACCAGCAACAUCGCCGCCGUCACUGUCGCCCCUGCAGUGGAGAAGGCCCCCGUGGUCGCCGCCCAACCCUGA